AUGAGUCAGUCAUACGACGACAGCAACAACCUCGACAUCCCCGUCUUCCAGGACGAUCUGCUCAGGGACAGGCAGCGAGUCUUCUCCGAGUUCCUUUCCAAGGAUGAAUACCAAGAUGCCGUUCGUCGCAUGUUGAGGAUGGACGCACGCCGUCUCAUCAUCAACAUUGACGACCUCCGAUCCUAUAACCGAGAAUUCGCCACUGGUCUCCUCAACGAGCCCAACGAGUAUCUUCCCGCCUUUGAUGCCGCCCUCCAUGUGCUGGUGGAGGUGGCACACAACCCGCUCAAGGAAGACAUCAAGGGCAAGCAAUACUACAUCGGACUGCGUGGAAGUUUCGGUGACCACCACGUCAACCCACGAACCCUCCGCAGUGUUCACAUCGGCAAGAUGAUGAGUUUGGAAGGCAUCGUCACCCGCUGCUCCCUCGUUCGCCCCAAGAUCCUCAAAUCCGUUCACUACUGCGAGGCGACGCUCAAGUUCCAUCAACGCGAGUACCGUGACGCCACCAUGUACGGCACGCUUCCUCCUUCCUCCACCGUAUACCCCACCGAGGACGAGAACGGCAACAGGCUCACUACCGAGUACGGCCACAGUCUCUUCCGCGACCACCAGAUGAUCUCGAUCCAGGAGAUGCCUGAGCGUGCUCCUCCAGGUCAGUUGCCACGAAGCAUCGACGUGGUCAUGGACGAUGACAUGGUCGACCGUUGUAAGCCCGGUGAUCGCAUCCAGCUCGUCGGCAUGUACAGAUCGCUCGGCAACCGUGCUGGCGUCAGCUCUUCCUCCACCUUCCGCACCCUCAUGAUCGGCAACAACCUCAACCUCCUCUCUUCAAAAGCUGGCGGAGGAAUCGCACAGGCGCACAUCACCGACACCGACAUUCGUAACAUCAACAAGAUUGCCAAGCGCAAGAAUGUUUUCAACCUUCUUUCGCAAUCAUUGGCGCCGUCGAUCUACGGCCACGAGUACAUCAAGAAGGCAGUUCUUCUGCUAUUGCUCGGAGGCGAGGAGAAGAACCUGCCCAACGGCACUCACAUUCGUGGAGACAUCAACAUUCUCAUGGUCGGUGACCCGUCUACCGCCAAAUCGCAGAUGCUCCGAUUCGUGCUCAACACGGCCCCGCUCGCCAUUGCCACCACCGGUCGUGGCUCGAGUGGUGUUGGUCUCACGGCCGCAGUCACCACAGACAAGGAAACGGGCGAGCGUCGUCUUGAGGCCGGUGCCAUGGUGCUCGCUGACCGCGGUGUCAUCUGCAUCGACGAGUUUGACAAGAUGAGCGACGUCGACCGAGUCGCCAUUCACGAAGUCAUGGAGCAGCAGACCGUCACCAUUGCCAAGGCCGGUAUCCACACCAGUCUUAACGCUCGAUGCUCGGUUGUCGCGGCAGCCAACCCGAUCUACGGCCAGUACGAUGUGCACAAGGACCCUCACAAGAACAUUGCCCUUCCAGACUCGCUUCUGUCUCGUUUCGAUUUGCUUUUCGUCGUCACCGAUGACGUGGACGAGCAGCGCGACCGAAUGAUCUCGGAACACGUCCUGCGAAUGCACCGAUACCUCCAGCCGGGUCUUGAAGAAGGCACACCCGCCGUUGACAAUCUGGAUCAGGCACUCGAUGUCGGCGCGCCCGAAGGCACCGAUGCUGACGGCGCCGCCAUGCUGGGCGACACCUCGCCGUUCGAAAAGUACAACCCUCUGCUGCACUCUGGUGUCACGGCUUCCGGCCGCGGGAGCGACAAGAAGGAGGUGCUCUCGAUUGCCUUCAUCAAGAAGUACAUCCAGUACGCCAAGUCGCGUGUCCACCCCGUGCUGACCAAGGGCGCCGCCGAGUGGAUCGUCAACGUCUACUCGAACCUGCGCAACGACGAGCUCUCGGGCAACCAGAAGCGCACGUCGCCACUCACAGCGCGUACGCUCGAGACAUUGAUCCGUCUUGCAACAGCACACGCCAAGAGCCGACUAAGCAACAAGGUCGAGGAGCGCGACGCCGAGGCUGCCGAGGAGAUUCUUCGCUUUGCGCUCUUCAAGGAGGUGCUAGGUGGCCGACGAGGCAUGAGCAAGCGUCGUCGUACCGGCAACAGCCCCAUGAGCGACGACGAGCAGGAUGAUGACGAUGAUGACAGCGGAGACGAGGCUGCCCCGGCCGAUCCCAACCAGGGCUACCGCAACGGGCGCUCUGCUCGGGGUGGCCGUGGUGGCCGUCGCGGCAGCCAACGCUACGGCGAGGACGAGCACAGCAGCGACGAGGACGAUGAUCAGAACCUUCCGUCAUCGCAGCGGUCCAACCGCUCCAAUGGUGCCUACGCCACCCGUGCAGCGGCGACCACACGUCCUCGCGCCAAGCCGGCCAUGGUGGGCCCCGGAGGCAUGGACGAGGAGACAUUCGAUGACGAAGACGCGAUCGAGGCCAUGCGCUCGCUCGAGGUGGAAGUGGUCAUUCCUUCUCAGCCCAUCGCGGCAAGCUCAUCGACAGGCAUGUCGGCACACAGGGCAGAGGCGUUCAAGGAGGCACUCUCCGACUUGCUCUUCUCGUCCGAUGGCCGAUUGGCCGAGUCCGACGCCAUCGCACUCGACGACCUCUUGCCUGUCAUGAACGAAGGUCGCCGCACAGAGGAUCUGUUCGACAGCAACGAAGCUCGCCAGGUGCUCGACCAGAUGAACCGCGAAAACAGCAUCAUGUUUGCCGGAGACAUGUUGUACAGACUCUGA